AUGGUUCCGAACAGAGCUUUGGCGAAGGGAAAAUGUGAACUUGCUUUCGCCGGGAAGAAGGUAAAUCGAGGAGGAAGGACCAGGCUCUGUUGUGCUCUGUGGGUUCUGGAGGAGGAAGCUUGGGGAAAUGGCGACGGCGAGAGGCGAAGUCAGGGGGAAGCAGAGCUAUUUCAGUGGCGAAUUCGAGGGGAGCUGAUUUGGUUUUUGGCACUUAGGGCGACGGAGAAGCGACGGCGGCUCGGCGACCGGAUAUCGGCACUACCGGACGAGAUCAUACACACCAUCAUCCCCAGCCUCGACGAUACACAACAAGCGGCGAGAACCAGCACGUUGUCCAGAAGAUGGCUCCACCUGUGGCGAUCUUAUCCGGUGCUGGAGUUCCGCGGCGGCGACGAGCGAUCAAAGGCCUCCGCCGCAGAGUACCGGAAAUUCGCCCGAUUGGCCGUCGCCUCGUCCCGCAGGCUCUCUCUCUACCACAAGAAUUUCCGAAGCGGAUCGCCGCUCGAGAUCGUGGUCAGGACCGGAUGGCCACAGUGGUUUCCGGCAGGAUUGCUGGCCAAUUGCAGCCGGACGAAAGUUCUCAGGCUCGAAGGCUGUGAUUUGAACGGACUGGGAAGAAGAAUCUCUCUGCAACGUCUUCAGUUCCUUCAUCUCAAAUCGGUCCGAAUUACAGAACAAUCGGUCUACAAUCUCGUGGGGAAUGCAGGUAAUCUCGGGCGUUUCUGUCUGGAAUCGUGUUGUGGAAUUGAGAGGCUUGAGAUCUCUGCCAGCAAUUUCCCCAAAUUGAAAACCCUAGUAAUUCGAACAUCAGGAUCUGGUCCGGGCUCCGAAUAUGAACUCCAGCUCACUACAGCACCUUUCCUAGAGCAGCUCGGAUUGUUUGAGGGGGAGAAAGAAGCCAUGUUGGCUUCAGCCCUUUGCCUGAAGACGUUCAGCCUCAAAGAUUUGAAACUUUCUGCCCCCGUGGAACUUAGGCAGAGCCAUCUUAACCUGAUUUCAAGCUUGCCAUUUCUGGAGUCUCUUUCCUUGCAGUUCAUUCGUUGUAGCAGCAGCAGCAGCAGCACCGAAACGAGCAAGAUAAGGAUUUGGAGCCAUCGGCUCCGGGUGCUCCAGUUGGAAUGCCGGGAGAGGAAAGUGCAGGAGCUCGAAAUCGAUGCUCCGAAUUUGGUUAGUGCCUACUGCAGUCGGGAUAAGCUUUGGUUUCCAGGGAAGAUUGCUGUCGUGAAUGCGUCAUCCGAUUGGCGAUUUGUAGUUGCGCGCCAUGAUGCUGAAUCUCACUCCAGAACGCGCUUGACACAAUAA